AUGACUAUUUCAACAGUUAUUUUGAGUGGGGGGACGGCUACAAAUGAUUUGGUUCCGUUAUUCAGUCGGAGCGACUUCAAGGUCAGCUAUGUUUUACCUAUCCUGGAUACUGGCGGGUCAUCUUCGGAAAUCAUAAGAGUCAUUGGUGGUCCUGCGAUUGGAGACAUCAGAUCUAGGCUUAUACAGCUUAUUCCUCACCAUCAGCGCAGACUUCGAGAUGUCUUGAGCCUACGGUUGAAUGCUAAUGCAAGCGUUGCUAAAGCACAGUGGGAGCAAAUUGUUGACGGAUCUCACGAGCUGUGGCAUGGUAUCCCGAACUCCACGAAGGAAAUUGUGCGAUCAUUCCUCCUCCACAUACACGUUGAGCUUCUCAAACGUUCGAGAAUAUAUGCUGGAUCAUCUCCCGGAAAACAGUUCAAGUUUGAGUUUGCAAACAUAGGCAAUUUGCUCUUGACGGCAAUUCGCUUGUUUACUGGCUCAUUGGAUUCGGCAAUCGAGUUAUUUAUGAAAAUAACUGACAUUGAUUCUAGUUCCGAAGUGCUUCCUUGCGUGAAUACCAAUUUCAGUUACCACAUAAGUGCAUUUCUCUCCGAUGGCUCAACGAUUACUGGUCAGUCGCAAAUAUCACAUCCUUCAAUGAAAUCAAUAUACUCAAAUUCGAAGUCUAGUAUUGAAUCAUCAAGCGAACCAGAUACAUUUGGACCGGAUCAACAAAUUGAUGGACUAGACGAAUUUCAUGACUUUGAUGAUGCGAAUAUUCCUUCGGAUGAGGAAAUAGGAAACACGCCUCUGUACACGCAUCCUGACCUCAAAAAGUCCCAAUUACACUUUCGCAAGACAAGCGAGAUAGAACCACUUCUGUCUCCUAUUAAGAGAAUCUUUUAUGUCUCACCAUAUGGAGAGGAAAUAUGCCCCACCGCCCAGUCAAGGGUGCUCUCAAAACUUUUGCAUGCUGAGAUAAUCGUGUAUUCCAUUGGUUCGCUUAUGACAAGCAUCACUCCUAUUGUUAUAUUAAAGGGUGUGGGACGAGCUAUUGCCGAGAACCCCACAAAAUUCAAAAAGCGAAUCCUUUUAUUGAAUGGAAACGAAGACCGCGAAACUGCUGGCUUGGGUGCACUUGAUUAUAUUAGAGUUAUUGUUGAGCUGGCCCAGUAUCUGAUUAAAAAAUCCGGACAUGGUCAGGUUUUAGAUUGGACACUGUUUGUGACGCACUUAUUUUACAUGGAAAAUUCUAAGAUUCCUGUCGAUAUUGAAGCCCUUGAAAACAUAGGUAUUACUUGCGUUGCCAUAAAGCAAGCAACUGACGGAAUUGACAAAUAUGAUUUGGAAGACUUGAGUUUGAAUUUCUUGAAGCUCUCGGGUACCGGAGCACCAAGUUAG